GAUUGGUUCGUGGAUUUAUAAUUUUAAUAAAAUGAUUUGACAAGAUCUUUUGACAACUAAUUUUCUAGAACUCUUUAAAGAAAUUAAUUUGUUGUAAUGGCGUAUUUAUUCCACGAGCAGAAGAAUAAAAAGUUGCACCAUCCUAUAGAUGAUAAAAAUUUUCCAGAUUACCGCAAAUUAGUCGGGAUUCGCAAUGGUAUUAAUCUAUUUAAAAAUGACCAUGACUCCAAAAUUAAUACAGAUUGUCCUAUAUACAUACAUAAAUACAAUAAAAUUCCAAGUUAUAAUGUAGCUAACGAAAAUUUUGUUAACGUGGGGUUAGUUACCAGAAGAAAUGAUUUUGUCAAAUCUAUGCAGUAUGAACAUCCCAGAAAAAUGUUGAAUAGAAUAGAAGAAACGUUUUGGGCUACUUGGAAGCCGAAUAAAAGCAAAAAUAAAGACGCACAAAUUGAAAAACCGAAAACGCCACACAAAACUCAUCGCAAACAAAAAAAAAUAGAAAAAAACGAUAAGGAUAAUACUCCUUACGGGGAUGUAGCUGGAGAAUUGAUACAGUAUUUCAAUAAACCAAACUUCUCGACCAAUGGAUCAGCAUCAGAAGAGAAAGAAGUUUCGAAUCAAUACGAAAUGACGUCAUUUUCUAAGCCUGCGGUAAAAAUUACAUCUUUUCCUGCGAUUGCGAACGAUGAAGUAGAAGUGGAAAAACCACCGGAAACUAUAAACGAACCAACAUCAGAGAAAACCGAUCAACCUAUUGCUUCCGUAUCCACCGAAAUUUUGAACCCUGAUCAACCCAGUCAUAUUUCUCUCGAUACCAAAGACGAAAGCGAUGACGUAAAAUUAUUUAAACAUACGGAUUCGUUUGUGAUUAACGAAAAAAAGAUGUCGGAACCGAAAGGAAUCCAUUUUCAACAACCGAAAUGCAUUAAAUUGUAUAAAAAAACAGCUUUAACUAAUUAUAUAAAAGGAGGUACAUAUCCGUUGAAAGUGCAGAAGAAAAAAGAGUCGACGAUGAGAAAUUUCAGAUUAGGACCACCAGGGCAGCUCGUAGUAACCGGCAGUUCUUAUAACAAAUAUAUUCGCUGAAAUACAGAAAGAUUUGAAUGAA